AUGACAUCCGAUUCCGAAUCCGUGAAGGACAAAACCGUCCUUAAUCUCACGGAAACUCCGUGUGGGAUUUGCGGUCCAUCAACGUGCGCGGAAGAGAUGAUCGGCUGCGACGGGUGUUCCGAAUGGUUCCAUUCCCGUUGCGUGGGCAUCUCGGAGGGCAAAUCGAUGAAGAAGUGGUACUGCCAAAGUAAAGCCUGUCAGGAGAAGGCCCAGGAGUACCAAAAGCAGAAGGACGCCAAGAAGCAGGCUCGGAGCAAGAAGCAAACUGACGAGUCUGACAAAUCCAGCGUCAACUCUCGCUUAGGGGCGUCUAGCGUGGAGGCAAAAGUGCGGGCGCUAGAAGAACGUCAGAAGAAGCAAUACGAAGAGCUGGCGGUGGAGCUGCAGCUGCGAAAAAAGGAAAGGGAGAUGCAGCGUGCGUUCGAAAGUAAGAAGAUGGAGUUGGAGCUGCAGAUGCGCGCGGAAGAAGAAAAGGAGCAAAAGGCUUGGCAAGCGGAGAUGCUCAAGAAGAAGAUGGAGCAGAUCAAGCGGAUGAAGGCGAACCAGAAAUCGUUCGAGGAACAAAUGGCGGAUCUUGAUCAGGAGUUAGCAGGGCUUUCGGCCGUCAAAAAGCCCGUAGUAAAUAAAGUAGUCCGAAACGAGAUGCGAGCGGAACCUAGCGGUAAAUACAACAAAAACCAGUUGAAGCUGAGUAAGGAGAACGUGAAGAAGCUACUCGAUGACGACGAAUACACCGAUGAGCAAGACGACGAAGAAACUGACGAUGAGGACGAUCAAGACGACGACGAAUCCGAUGAUACAAGCCUAUCCGAAGCAUCGCUGGAAGAGGAAAUCGUGAAGCCGAAAAAGGUUAAGAGGAUCGGACCGACAAAAGCCCAGCUGGCCGCGAGAAAGGGAUUAACGUACAAACUUCCCAAAUUCUCGGGCAAUCCAGCGCAAUGGCCAUUGUUUCACGCGGCCUACAAAGCAUCCAACGAUGCAUGUGGUUACAUGAACCACGAGAACCUGAUGCGAUUGCAGGAAGCCCUUGAAGGUGACGCCCUCGAGCUGGUAUCUGGUCAGCUGCUUCUUCCAGAAUCUAUUCCGAAGGUCAUCGAGAAACUUCGCAGACAUUACGGCCGUCCGGAGCAACUGCUUCAAAGUCUUCUAGACAAAGUUAACCAGCUGGAACCUCCAAAAGCGGAUAACCUGUGGAGCUUUGUCCCAUUUGGAAACACUGUGGAGCAACUCUGCGGACAUCUGGAGGCCGCGGGACUUCGACAUCAUCUCGUCAACCCGCUUCUGAUAAAAUCUCUGGUUGCCAAACUACCCGAUCGGGAAAAGCGUGAAUGGGUUCACUACUGGAGAGGCAAGAAGGAACCAACGCUACGAACGCUAACGGAUUUCCUGAUGGACAUCGUGUCGGAUGCUUGCGAGGCCAAUGUCGAUAUCGAUUUCAAGCCAUCAUACCAGUCAAAAAGUGGGCCAUCGUCCUGGAAGAAGACGCCGAAGGAGAAAGGUGCGCUGUACUGCCACAACGAAGCCAAUGGUCCAGGUCCCAGUUCGAACGACCGGAAAAGAUUGAAGCCAUGCAAUCAAUGUAACAGCACGGAACACCGUCUUCGGCACUGCGCGGAUUUCAGGAAGCUUCGGUAUGCGGACCGGAUGAAGGUAGUAACUCGCGACAAACUAUGCAACGUGUGCCUCAAUGAUCAUGGAGGGCAUUGCAAGUUUAAAAUCCGCUGUAACGUCAGCGAUUGCAGGGAGUUCCACAAUCCGCUGAUGCAUCCAGUGAGAAACGCUGUUGGAAUGAGCGCACAUAUUCGUUCCAACUGCACGGUCAUGUUCCGUAUGGUUCCGGUACAGCUCCACUGUGGUGGAAAAUCGAUCACGGUGCUAGCGUUUCUAGACGUCACGUUGGUAGAGAAGAAACUAGCUGAUCGGCUGGGCGUCGUCGGAGUACAGGAGCGAUUGACGAUCAAGUGGACGGCCGAUAUCACGCGCGAAGAGAAGGAGUCCCGGCGGAUGAAUCUGUGGGCGUCGGGUGUUAGUGCCGAUGCGGGCAACAAGCUGCUGCUGCAUAGUGUCCGUACGGUUGGAAAACUGAUGCUGCCACGCCAGAGGCUGGAUUUCAAAGAGCUUGCCGCACAAUAUCACCACAUGCGAGGAUUGUCAAUCGAGUCGUACGACGGGCAACCGGAACUACUCAUCGGACUGAACAAUAUUCACUCGUUUGCUCCGAUAGAGGCGAAGGUUGGUGCACCGGCAGAUCCGAUCGCGGUUCGGUGCAAACUUGGAUGGACGGUAUACGGUCCAAGGCACUCCACCACGGUUGCAGCGGGAAAUUACUUCGGAUACCACCAAGGAACCACCAACGAGGACCUACACGAACUGCCUAAAAGCCAUUACGCUCUGGAGGAAUCGGUGGUGGCUGUACAGCAGGAGUCUACGGAGGAUAAACGAGCACGGGAAAUUCUCGAGCGGACGACCAAACGGAUCGGCGAACGCUUCGAAACCGGCCUACUGUGGAAAACAGAUGAUCCACGGUUUCCGGAAAGUUUCCAUAUGGCCGUCAGAAGAAUGAACCAGCUGGAGAGGCGUCUAGAGAGGAAUCCGGAGUUACACAAAAACGUCUGCAAGCAGAUCGACGAAUAUCAGGAGAAAGCCUAUGCACACCUGGCUACCAAGGAUGAAUUAGCUGGAACUUCUCCCAACGAGGUAUGGUAUCUCCCACUCAGCGUAGUGCAAAACCCCAAAAAACCAGGUAAGAUACGUCUUGUGUGGGAUGCGGCAGCGACGGUGCAAGGGAUUUCUCUGAAUUCACAGUUGCUGAAAGGGCCCGACAUGCUGGUUCCGCUGAUCAAGGUUCUCUUCGGUUUUCGCGAAUGGCGAAUUGCGUUCGGUGGAGAUUUGAAGGAGAUGUUUCACCAAAUGAAGAUUCGCGCCGAAGACAAGCAAAAUCAGCGAUUCGUUUUAAGGAAAUCUCCGGACGAUUCGCCAAACAUCUACGUCAUAGACGUGGUGACAUUCGGAUCGACAAGCUCUCCUUGCUCGGCUCAGUUUGUCAAGAACCGCAACGCUGAAGAAUUCGCCGCUCAGUAUCCCGAAGCAGCUGCUGCCAUCAUACAUCGCCACUACGUCGAUGAUUACUUCGACAGCGUCGACUCGGUGGAAAAGGCUGUGAAGUUGGCGCAGGAGGUGUGCUUGGUCCACCAGAAAGCAGGCUUCGAAAUCCGGAACUGGGUUUCCAAUGCCCCAGAAAUUCUCCAGGCUCUGGGAGAGCCAAAGCCGCCCGUUCCAGUACACUUCGGGCGCGACAAGGAGACAUCUAAGGAAAGAGUUCUGGGAGUCAUCUGGUAUCCAGACAUGGAUGAGUUCGCAUUCUCGACGAUGCAUCGUGAGGAGUUGAAGCCGUACCUGUACGAAGGAAAACGACCAACGAAAAGGCUUGUUGCUAGCUAUGUGAUGGGAUUCACCAUACACGGCAAAAUCAUUAUUCAACAUCUGUGGCGUUCGAACUGCGAUUGGGACCAAGAAAUCGAUGCCAUUUCCUGGGAGUUGUGGAAGCGUUGGACAAAUCUUCUGCCAGAGGUUGAACCUAUCUGGAUUCCACGUUGCUAUAUCGGUAGUGCCAAGGCUGCCGAAGUCGACUCGAUGGAAGUACACAUCUUCACCGACGCCAGCGAACAUGGAUACGGCUGCGUAGCAUACUUGAGAGCGGUCAUCGAAGGAGAAGUUCACUGCAGUCUGAUGAUGUCCCGGGCGAAGGUGGCGCCGAUAAAACGUCAAUCGAUUCCACGCCUGGAGUUGAUGGGUGCUCGGAUGAGUCAAACGAUCCUGGGCACGCACUCUUAUCAGAUCAGUCGCACCGUUUUCUGGACGGACUCUCGCACUGUGUGCAGUUGGCUCAAUUCCGAUCAACACCGAUAUAAGCAAUUCGUUGCAUUCCGGAUCGGUGAGAUUCAAGAGCUGACGAAGGUAGAAGAUUGGAGAUGGAUUUCGACCAAGCUGAACAUCGCAGACGUGCUGACGAAGUGGGGACAAGGUCCGCCGUUGCAAAGUGAAGGAGAAUGGUUUAACGGGCCAGCGUUCCUGUAUCGGUCGCAAGAGCAGUGGCCAAAGCAAGAGACGGUGAUGAAGGGCUCGGAUGGAGAGCGUGGUGAACCUAGCGGCGAUGGAGGGCCUGCCAUCCGUCAUCUGGCUCGACGUGGUGGUGUCAAGCGUGUCCCCGGUCUGAUCUACGAGGAAGCCCGAGUUGUGCUGAAGGUGUUCCUAGAAAUUAUGAUCCGUGUCACCUAUACUGAACACGCCAAGCGCAAAACCGUCACGACCAUGGAUGUCGUCUACGCUCUGAAGCGACAGGGACGCAUUAUGUACGGUUUUGGAGGUUGA